AGGUGCCUGUGGCUCCCAGUCGUGGGUCUGUAUCUGCACACGAUGGCUGGCGUUGCGAUGCUGCUGCUGCUUCCACUCCUCCUCAUCCCGCUGACCCUCCCGCCGGUGUCAGGGACGUCACAGUUGUAUGAUAAAAUCAGAACGUUAAUGGAGAACAAGGAAUUUCAAAGGACCGUGGCUGAGGUUAAGAGGGACAUGGACGCCGAGAUGGCUGAACGAGAACUGGAGGAAGAUAAAGAAGAGCGCCUAAUAUCGCAGCUGAAGACGCUGCUAAACCCUGACGAUGCCGACGAAGAUGAACCCUCUAAACGCGAGUAUGACAGAGAAUCUCCGUAUAAACGAUUGGUGGACAUUCUCCAGAGGCGAGACGCGAAGGAUGAAGUGUGGUAUGACGAGAAACCGGCACUGAACACUUUAGAUGAUGGUUGUUAUUUACGGAAGCACUACGAAACCCUGUGGCCAAAUGAGUGCAAUUAUUACUUGAAAGAAAAUGACAAGGCAUGUCUGGACUUCUGCACCACGUGGCUGGCCAACAUUAAGCAAAAAUACAACUUACCUCUCGAUUGUAAAUAUGACAACAAGUACUCGGGAGCGUACUGCGAAAACAAGAUCGGAAAAGGCACGAAGAAGAAGUGUUCGGUCUGUAAAAAGAACGGAUACUUCUAUCCCAACUGCUGUGGAUCUUGCAAACGGAACGACUGUGUGUAAAGCGUCGAACAACAGAGUUAUCCCCCUUUCCGCUGAACACGACCCAAAGCCAAAACAUUCGUGUCAAUCCGUGACAGGCUUAUUGGUUACGGAAAGACACGAGAAGUGGUGCAUGGUUUGAAAAGUAUCCCGUUUUCCGGCCUUAAAUGUUCUUCUUUAAUACUGAUUCGAGGAGGCCAGAAUUGAAUGUACAUCAACGAAUAAAAUUACAAUAUCAACUCUAAUUUGCAAAAAUCGCCCCUUUCAUCUCCAUGGAACAUUUUUGCUGGUAUUUUGUGAGGUAGACAAUGUUUUUUAGGAUAUUAGGAUCAUAUAACAAGCUCCGAUGUCAGGUAAUAUUGUAUAAUAGUCAAGGUCUGGCGCCCUUUGUAGAGAGCGUUGGCCCUUAUCGUGCAUAGAUAUGUAGCUACGUGCUUGUGCAUCGUGUGCCUUCCGAAUGUGUUCUUUGUUUUCUUUGUAACAUAACAAUAUAUAUGUGUGUAAUUUGUC